GUGCUUGGACGGGAAGUUUAUACCUCCAACAACCAGCUGGGCGGGAUCCAGAUAAUGCAUAACAACGGAGUGACGCACGGCACUGUGUGUGAUGAUUUUGAAGGAGUCUACACUAUUCUGCAGUGGCUUUCCUACAUGCCAAAGAGUGUAUACAGCCCUGUUCCUAUCCUCAAAGUCAAGGAUCCUAUAGACAGAACCAUAGAGUUUGUUCCUACCAAGACUCCCUAUGACCCUCGCUGGAUGCUGGCUGGACGCCCAAAUCCAAGUCAAAAAGGACAGUGGCUAAGUGGUUUCUUUGACAAUGGCUCGUUCCUGGAGAUCAUGCAACCCUGGGCACAGACAGUUGUGGUUGGUAGAGCAAGGCUGGGAGGAAUACCUGUAGGAGUAGUUGCCGUAGAAACGAGAACAGUGGAGCUCAGCAUCCCUGCUGAUCCUGCAAACCUGGACUCUGAGGCCAAGAUAAUCCAGCAGGCUGGUCAAGUGUGGUUCCCUGACUCUGCCUUUAAAACUGCGCAGGCUAUCAAUGACUUUAACAGAGAAGGGCUGCCUCUGAUGGUCUUUGCUAACUGGAGAGGCUUCUCUGGUGGAAUGAAAGACAUGUAUGACCAAGUGCUCAAGUUUGGUGCCUACAUUGUGGAUGGCCUGAGAGAGUAUCGUCACCCCGUGCUUAUUUACAUCCCACCGCAAGCGGAGCUGAGAGGAGGAUCCUGGGCUGUGAUUGACCCUACCAUUAAUCCUCGUCAUAUGGAGAUGUAUGCAGACCGAGAAAGCAGAGGAGGAAUCCUGGAACCAGAGGGGACGGUAGAAAUCAAAUUCCGCAGGAAGGAUCUGGUGAAGACGAUGAGGCGAGUGGACCCCGUCUACAUCCGCCUGGCAGAGCGGCUAGGUACCCCCGAGCUGAGCCCUGCUGACCGAAAAGAGCUGGAGACCAAGCUAAAGGAGCGGGAGGAAUUCCUGAUUCCCAUUUACCACCAGGUAGCCAUGCAGUUUGCUGACUUGCACGACACACCUGGCCGGAUGCAGGAGAAGGGUGCCAUAACUGACAUUCUAGAUUGGAAAACUUCCCGUACCUUCUUCUACUGGAGAUUAAGACGUCUUCUUCUAGAAGAUGUGGUAAAAAAGAAGAUCCAUGAUGCCAAUCCUGAGCUGACUGAUGGGCAGAUCCAGGCUAUGCUGAGACGCUGGUUUGUGGAAGUUGAAGGGACAGUGAAGGCGUACUUAUGGGACAGUAACAAGGACCUGGUGGAGUGGCUGGAAAAACAGCUGACGGAAGAAGAAGGCAUUCGCUCAGUUGUGGAUGAAAACAUCAAAUACAUCUCGAGGGACUACAUCCUCAAACAGAUACGGAGCCUGGUCCAGGCCAAUCCGGAGGUUGCCAUGGAUUCGAUAGUGCACAUGACCCAGCAUAUAUCACCCACCCAGCGAGCCGAGAUCGUGCGGAUCCUCUCCACAAUGGACUCGCCUUCUUCAACGUAAGAGCAUCGAUUUCCCACACUCCCCCCUGCCUGGUACAGUGGAGGGGAAAAAAAAA